AUGCCACUUAAAGAAACCAAUAAGUCUUUACAGGUCGGUAUUGUUGGCGCGAGGAUAGCUGGUUUGACGACCGCUAUUGCGUUGCUUGAUGGGGGCCACGACGUUGAGAUCUAUGAGCGAUCCCAGUUCAAGGAGGAAGUCGGUGCGGCCAUCAUAGCGCCACCCAAGUCCUCACGCAUCUUGGCGCAUUAUGGAGUCGAUCCCAAGCGUUCGAAAGCUACAGUGGCCGAAAUUGUCAUUAUUUACCCGGACCCGAAUAAUCUGACUAAAGAUUUCUCUAUGCCCGUCACUCAUUUUGGUACUAAGUACAAGGCCCCGUGGUAUUUCUUUCACCGUGUUGAUCUUCACAAUGAGUUGAGAAAGCUAGCUACUGAGCCGAACCCGACCCGGCAGCGAGUUGCACGUAUUCAUCUUGCCACGGAAGUAUCGCGCGUGGAAUUCGAUGGUACUAUUGUUUUUCGAAAUGAUACCCAGGUUAAAAAGGAUGUCGUUAUUGCCGCCGAUGGGAUACGUGCAUCUUUCCUCCCAACCAUACUCGGUCAAAAUCUAGAAGCCGAGCAUCGUAUGUCAAUGCUUCGUUUUAUGGUUCCUACCGAAAACCUGGACAGGGAUCCGGAAACACAGGCAUUGUUUAAGGAUAGAUAUCCGUCUCUUCGAAUCACCUACAGUGGCGACAAGAGUGUCGUGCUCUAUGGUUGCCGGGAAGACACCUUACUGAACGUAGGGAUUCUUUUCCCUGUUACGUCUAUCCAGGAUGCUUCUGCUCGCGCCCAAGGGGCAUCUAUGGCAAUCGAGGACGCAGCGGCUUUGGGCAUCCUACUUUCAGACAUGGACUCGAAGGACGAUAUCCCCGCUCGAUUGAAGCAGUUUGAUGAGCUUCGUGUACCUCGCGUCGCCGCUACGCAAAUAAUCUCCGCUAUGCAUCAACGGGAUCCCUCCAAGGUUAAAGAUGAGGAGAAACAUUUUUUUAAUGGCAGAAUUGCGCAUAAGUAA